GGAAUUUCAAAGAGUCAUGACCUUAGAUGACUGGUCUAUUUUCUGCAAAUACAAUCAUCACGUCCGUUCACUCAGAACAGAUGUAUAUCCACUGCUUGGUACCGAAAUCUGGCAUGCCCUCAGCUGUCCUCCUUUCUCCCUUCCCUUGCUCCCCAACCUGAUGUCUCUCUCCUGGGAUCGGCUGGCAGCGAGGCAUUCCUAUGUAUCCGGUUGUUUGUGUGCCCAAAAAUAACGAAACUCGAUCUCUAUCCAUACUCCUUUGGUCCAACCGAACACUCCAUCUUGUCAUGCAUCUCGAUGCUGUGCCCUUCUGUCUCGCACUUUGAUUUUAGUUCAGUCACAAAAUCAGCAGAAGACCCAUCAACUGCAUUACAAGGCUGGUCUCAUCUAACAUCAGUGACCACUACAACAGUUUCCGAGGCCGGAAUGCUACACCUAUCCAAAUUGCCUUCACUCCGAUUUCUACAACUCGAAUUACCUUCAACACCCAUGUCUGUGGUUACGCAAAAGUUCCAGCAUCCUGUGUUCUGCGCGUUGCAAGAACUGAACGUGGAAUGCAGCAGUCUGGUGCUCUUAGAUGCUUUUUUCGAGAGGUUUUCCAUUGCUCCAAAAGAAAUCUGCCUUGACAUCAUUGGUGGUGUGGAUUCCGCGCGAGCCCUGCCACCUUCACUCUCUCGUUUAUCUAACGGAUGUGUGCACGACUCACUGGAAUGUAUGGAGCUCUACAUCGACGAUCAGCCUACAGAUCACGUCACCUCAAUUAGAACUGCAGUUUUACGACCGCUAUUUGCCUUCCGCAAUCUUCGCAAGCUCGACUUCAGAGCCUACCAGAACUAUACUUUGCGAUGGGAUGAUGCAGUCCUUUUGCAGAUGGCGAAGUCCUGGCCCCUCCUGGAAGUGUUACAUCUCAAUCGAUACGACCAUUCGAGUCGUGGAGUCACUCCAAGUGCCUUCAUCUCGCUGUUGCAGCAUUGUCCGUGUUUAAUCUCGGUUGCCAUUAUCGUGAACUGGUCUACUAUCGACGAAUGUGACGUAUCUCCGGAUGCUCCUCACCAAGGAUUUGCACACAAGACAUUAUCUGAGGCAUUCUUUGGCAGUCCAAGGAUUCGCCAUCCGACAAGGAUCGCCGCUUUCAUCUCAGCCAUCACGCCCAAUUUGGAGUCAAUUGUUACAUGGGACCCCCAGUUUGGUAGGGGACAGCAAGACUCUAAAAAAUACAUCACUAGGUGGAAAUGCGUCUGUGAUUUAAUCAAGGCUUUCUCAUGGUCCGUGAGCAGGUUAGGAGGAUGGUGCUGAAUGCAGGCGAAGGAGUUGAUGGAAACGGAAUCGCGCAGCCAGCGCAUGAGACCGAAAAUGGCGAUGCGGCGACUGGUGAGGGUGACAAUGGUGAAGGGUAGAGAGGUUUCUGAAGAAGAUAGUGGAAGUGAGGG